UUUACAAAAAAAAAUGAGAACUUUAACAAAAAUCAUUGUGGCUAGUAUAGGUGUUGCUUUUGUUGCUUUUCACUGGAGCACAGUAAAUUUUGACCCAGAGACCCUUCGAGGUGCCAGGGUACUGGUUACUGGGGCCAGUACAGGGAUUGGAGAACAAAUGGCUUACCAUUAUGCUCGUUUUGGAGCUCAGCUAGUGAUUACAGCAAGAAGAGAGAAAGUGUUACAGCAGGUUGUUGAUAAGUGCUUAAGUUUGGGAGCCCAGAAAGCCCUCUACAUUGCAGGAGACAUGGCCACUGAAUCAGACCCAGACAAAGUGGUGGAAUUUACCCUGGAAAAACUGGGAGGACUGGAUUACUUGGUUCUCAACCACAUUGGUCCUACCCCGUUCAGCAUGUGGAAGGGUGACAUAGAGCACACCAGGUGGCUCAUGAAGGUCAAUUUUUUCAGCUAUGUUCAGAUGGCCUGGAAAGCCCUGCCAUCUCUAGAACAAAGCAAAGGUUCAUUGGUAAUUAUUUCAUCAUUAGUAGGUAAAAUGCCUUGGCCAUUGACUGCUCCUUACACUGCCACAAAGUCUGCCUUAAAUGGCUUCUUUGGCUCUCUCCAGCAUGAACUCGCAAUGAGAAACAGCAACGUGUCUCUGUCUAUUUGUACGCUAGGUUCCAUUGACACUGAGACUGCAAUGGAGAAAACCAAAGGCAUUGUGACCCACGCACAACCUGCCCCUGCCUCUGAGGCAGCUUUGAACAUCAUCAAAACAGGAGCCACAAGACAAGCAGAGCUUUACUAUCCCUACAGAACAUAUAUUAUUGCUCUUAUUAAAGCCUGGUACCCUCCUGCUACAAACUACCUUCUUCAAGAUAUUUACAACUACAAACCAUGA